CCAAAAUGAAGCACCAACAAGUUUUGGUGGACUAUUGGACCAUGAUUAAGACAUCUGGGCUGUGUUUGCUGCUGGCCCUUUGCGGAUUUAUACUGCUUAAAAUGGUUCAGACUAUAUUCUGGCUACCCGGACACCUAAAGAAAAAUCAACAACGUCUAGAGGAGCUGGCCAAGCAGUAUGCCAAGGAUAUACCCGAUGACGAACGGGCCGAGAUUGAGAAACUUUUCAAUAGCAAGGAACCUCUGACAGAUGAACGCCUGAACCAGCUGCUGGACAGCUCAGAGAAGAAGUCGGAGCCCAAAAAGGAGCUGUAG